GUCAACAUUUUAUACGAGAACGAGUACGUGCGCGCUCACGUCCAUUCUUUGUGUGGCGGCGUAGAGAAGCGCAAAUAGAGUAACCAUGGCUGACGAAAAACCCAAGGAAGGAGUAAAGACUGAAAACAACGACCAUAUAAACUUAAAGGUGGCAGGACAAGAUGGCUCGGUGGUGCAGUUCAAGAUCAAAAGGCACACGCCGCUCAGUAAACUAAUGAAGGCAUACUGUGAGAGACAGGGAUUGACAAUGCGGCAAAUCAGGUUCAGAUUUGAUGGACAGCCAAUUAACGAGACGGACACACCUGCACAGUUGGAAAUGGAAGAUGAAGACACAAUUGAUGUGUUCCAACAACAGACAGGGGGCUUCAACUAAGUACCCCACAUAUUCCAACAAAGUUCUACCCUUAUUUACCCUUCUACCACACCCUACAUCUACCCAGACCGCUUCUUUGAGACUUGUGUUGUUGCCAUCCCAGAGUUAAUGCCAUGCAGAAGGAGGUGUCAUUGUCACAGUUAUAUAUAACUGCUGUUGUAUAGUGUUUUCAUUCUUACUUUUGUUUUAAUCCUGUUUUGUACAUAAACAUCCUCAUCAGAGUUACCGUUCAAUAAGUUCAGACCAUAAUGUGGCAAAUGUUGCAGGACCUAAAAAGUGGUUACUGGUUAGCAUUCAGAGAUCAUAUGUAGACUGGCUGGUUUGUUGUCCAACUUUACUUUCUGUCUUCUGCUUCAGGAAAUUGGUUUUAUAUCUUUUUUAUAUAGUAGUGGUUGUGUAGAAUAAACUUUGUCUCGUUCAUAGUUUGACAAGGCCCUACUUGGAAUAAGGAAACCCUGAAUAGACGUUUCAGUUCAACUUAACAUCUGUACUGUCUGACAAAUGUCUUGUUUAAAUAAAGUUAUUCUCUCUUUUUAA